GUUGCGUUGGCCUGGUACUUGGUUUAGGCUGACUCCCUGUGGAUUCAGGCUGCCAACUGAAGUCGCUGCAAAGGAAAUCUCAAGAGAAUACAUCUCAUCUCUGACAUCUCUUCAACAAUCCUUUAGGUCAUUAUCAACAGUGUCACCAUGUCGGCAAGGCUCAAACAUGGACAUUACGACCACGCAUACCACCACAAACAGAGCCAGUAUGUGGUUAAAGAAUACAGCAGGUCUGAGGCGAUGGAGGAAAGAUAUGAGCACAAAACAAAAGCUCACAUCCAGGAAGUGGUGAGGACGAAGAUGACGGAAAAAUAUGUGCGUGAGGAGCCCAUGAUCAGGGGACCAACUUUCUUGGUCAGACUCAGGUCUCACACAGUGUUUGAACACACUUCAAUCAAACUCUUCUGUAGUGUUGAGGGCUUCCCCAUGCCUAUUGUAAAAUGGUUUAAAGAUGGUGUGAUCUUGGACAUAUCCUCUGGAAAGUACCUGACUGAAGACAAAGGUGGAGUCCAUACUCUGGAGAUUCCAAGAUGCUCAACUGAUGAUACAGCCCAGUACACUGCUAUGGCUGGUAACCUCCAUGGACAGGCCUCUAGUCAGGCCUCCAUUAUUGUCAAGAGGUUCAAGCAUGAGGAGGAGUCCUGUCCAUAUGCAUGGCUGCCUUACACAACCGCCAUGCUUCCUAAGAUCCAUUACACUAAAAUCCGCAUUACCUUUGUGGAGAAGUUUGGCCCAGUGUUUGCUACUGAAGGAGGAUCUGCCACUCUGUCUGCUACCAUGAUCCUGGACCCCAACCUGGCCAACCUGCAGCCUGAGGCACAGUGGUAUAGAGAUGAUACUCGUUUGCAUGAUUCUAAAUGGGUGAAGAUUGAAACUGGCAGAGGAUUCACCAAAUUGACUCUUCCUAACCUCUACAAAGAUGAUGAAGGCCUGUACAAAAUUCGCAUGGUUACCAAAGGAGGCACUGCAGAACAUAGUGCAUUUGUCUCUGUUGCAGAUGGUCCUCCUCCAGUCCCUAAUGCACCUGGUGCUCCUAUGGACAUGAAGGUCCAUGAUGCCAAUAGAGACUAUGUCAUCGUGUCAUGGAAGCCUCCUAAUACCACCACAGAGGGUCCAAUCCUGGGAUACUUUGUUGAUAAAUGUGAGGUUGGAACAGAAAACUGGACUCAAUGCAAUGAUCACCCCAUAAAGAUCUGUAAAUACCCAGUGGCUGGACUGUUUGAGGGACACUCCUACUACUUCAGAGUCAGAGCUGUCAACUCCCAUGGAAUCAGCAAACCAUCCCGCAUGUCUGAUCCCAUUGCUGCACUGGACCCUACUGAGUUUGAAAGGCUCCAUGCCAAAAAACUUGGAGGAAAACUGGAUGUUGUGUCUCACCAUGAUGAGGUUGAAGUUGACGGAAAGCCUCCAGCUCCUCCAUCAGGAAUGUAUGCCCCAGAAACAGACAGGACAUAUGUUGUUCUGACCUGGAAAGCCCCUCAUUAUCACAGCAAGGCUCCCAUGUGGUACUACAUAGAGAAGACCAUGGCAGACAGCGAUGCGUGGCACCGUGUGAACACUCAGGUCCCUAUUCGUUCCCCCCGUUAUGCUGUCUUUGACCUGGCAGAGGGCACACAGUACAAGUUUAGAGUUUUGUCUGCCAAUAUGUUUGGAACCAGUGAGCCGUCAGAACCAACUGGACCUAUUGAAACUCAGGAACUCAAAGGUGUACCAUCGGCUCCUGGUCAGGUGAUUGCAACCACAGAAACAGACACCUCUGUCCUCAUCCAGUGGACUCCACCAAAGGAACCCAACAAGUUGAUUGGCUACUACAUUGACCAGUGUGUGAAGGGGUCCAAAGACUGGAUGUCAGCCAACCACAAACCCCACAAGAGCACAAGUUUUGUGGUUAGUGGUCUGACCAAAGGAGAAACCUACGUGUUCCGUGUCCAGGCUAUCAAUGAGAUUGGUCUUAGUGAUGAGUCCCAGGAGUCUGCACCUCUGACUGUCAAGGCUGCCCUCACCCACCCUUCUGCUCCUUAUGACGUCGCAUUGCUGAACUGUGACGGACAUUCAAUGGUUCUGAACUGGAAGAAGCCUCUUCACAACGGAGGUGCACAUAUUAAGGAAUAUUAUGUGGACAAGAGACGUAGUGGAACAUCUGUGUGGAGGGAGAUUAAUAUCCCACCAGUCAAAGAAAGACUUUAUAAGGUAGAGGGCUUGACAGAGGGAGCAGUCUAUCAGUUCCAAGUGUAUGCAGCCAACCUUGCUGGCCUUGGACCAGCUUCCAAACACUCAGCCGACUUCACCUGUGAGGCCUGGACUAUGCCUGAACCAGGCCCUGCCUAUGACCUGACUUUCUGUGAAGUGAGAGAUCAUUCGCUGGUGGUUGAAUGGCAAAAGCCUGUCUAUACUGGUUCUGGACCAGUCACUGGUUACCAUGUUGAGUAUGCUAAGAAGGGCACUUCUGAUUGGACUACAGCCAAUGAGAAAGCAGUCAGUCACCGCUUCUUCAAGGUAACAGGUCUGGAGGAGGGCACUAGCUAUAAUUUCCGUGUACGUCCCGUCAAUGAUGCAGGAGCGGGUAUGGCCUCAAUGCCCUCUGACCCCGUGACUGCCAAGGCUGUGUCAGGUUCCCAGGAAGUGUCCUGCGUGGUGGAUAAGAAGUCAGGUGACAUUGUUCUGUCGUUCGAGUCCUGCCAAAUGAGUGAGGGUUCUCACUUCAUUUGGAAGAAAGAUUAUAAAGAAAUCACAGAUUUCUCCAAAGGAGUAGAGAUUAAGACUGAAGGCAGCCAUUCUAAGCUGAUCUUUAAGAACCCAGAUAAAGAAGACUUUGGGACGUUCUCUGUUGCCGUCUCCAACACAGCAGGAGUUUCAUCCAGCUAUUCAAUCUCUUCUGAAGAGUUGGAAAAGAUGCUGGCACUCAGCUUUGAUAUCAGACACCCAAUCAUCCCACUGAAGUCAGAGUUGGCCUAUAAGAUUUUGGAGAGAGGCAGAAUGAGGUUCUGGCUGCAGGCAGAGGAGAUUUCUUCCAAUGUCACCUACAAAUUCUUUGCCAACAACAAGGAACUGUCUGGAGCUGAUCCCAACAAGAUGGGUCAUGACGAGUCUACAGGUGUCAUUGAGUAUAUUAUGGACCACUUUACUGAGGACGAUGAAGGGACGUUUACCUUCCAGAUCACAGAUGGAGGAGGCAUAGCACAGAGCUCACUGGUUCUGAUUGGAGAUGCUUUCAAGGCAGCGCUGGCUGAGGCUGACUACCAGAGGAGAGAGUACAUCAGAGUCAAGGAGGGUCCUCACUUCAGUGAAUUCCUGUCCCUUCACGUCGGAGAUGACUGCUCUGUUACUCUGGUUUGCAAGGUUGCUAACUUGAAGAAGGAGUCAGAGUUCCACUGGUAUAGAGAAGACACAGAGAUCAUCCCUGAUGUGAAGCCUGACCUCGGAGCAGGAGUCUGUAAACUGCCAAUUAAAUUGUUUUCACUGAAAACAGCAGGAAUUUAUAAGGCCACCAUCAGUGAUGACAGAGGAAAAGAUAUGAGCCAAAUUGACAUCUCCGGAAAAGUGUUUGAAGAAGCAAUAGAAAAGAUCAACCAUCUGGCUGGAGCCAGUGCAGCAGAGCUGGUGAUUCACUGCACAGCAACAGGCAUUCAGUUGCAGUGUCACAUGAAGUAUUACACCUCCGAGAUGAACAUCACUUGGUAUCAUGGUGAGACUAAACUCUCCCACAGUGACAAGGUUGUGAUUGGAGGAACCCCUGCUAUGGCAACAAUGGAGGUGAUUGAGCCAACAGAGAAGGAUAAAGGAGUGUACUCCAUCGUGAUCACAGACCCUGAAGACUCACAUAAACGCUCACUGGACCUCAGUGGUGACGUAUAUGAGAAGGCCUUCGUUGAGUUCCAGAAACUCAAGGCUGAGGCCUAUGCUGAAAGGAACCGUGGUAAGGUGGUGGGAGGACUGCCUGAUGUGGUCACCAUUAUGGAAAAGAAGACCCUGAGUUUAACAUGUACAGUGUGUGGAGAUCCCAGGGCUCAAGUCUCAUGGCUGAAGAAUGGAGCAGAGGUCGAACCUGAUGAUCAGUACGUGGUCUCCCUGGAUCAGGGCAGGUUUGCCAGUCUGACGAUCAAAGGUGUUUCCAUGGAGGAUUCUGGCAGAUAUACCAUGAUUGUCCAGAACAAAUACGGAGGGGAGUCUGUGGAUAUAGUGGUCAGUGUCUACCGCCAUGGAGAGAAAAUUCCUGAGGCGAAACCAACUCUGACCCCUAAAACAAUCAUCCCUCCCAAACUCCCCAUUGAGAUCCCUCAACCCAAGGCCCAUGCUGCUCCUAGCCCUGCCCCCUCUUCUCCUAGCCCCGCCCCCCCGAAGGCAGCUCCAGGAAGAGGAGUGAAGAGCCCCACUCCCACUAGGAGGAAGUAAAAAGCAGAGCAGUUAUAACAGAGGAA